AUGGAAAGAGGUUGGCCCCAUGAGAAAGGAUUCCUCUUCAGCCUCAUUCUCCACCUUGUGCUUCAAGGAAGAGGGGACACCAGCAUCAACUGCUCAGGGUUUGACCGGCAUGGAGUGGACCCUGCUGCCUUCCAAGCCGUGUUUGCCAGAAAGGCCUUCCGCCCCGUCCUCAACUGCAGCAGCCCCACGCAUGUCAACAUCUCCUUCACCCUUUCUGCCAUCCUAGAAGUGGAUGCCCACCUUCAGCUGAUGACCUCAUUCCUGUGGCUAAAUGUGAUCUGGCACAAUCCCUUCAUGACGUGGAACCCAGAGGCGUGUGGGGGCAUCAGGAAGCUUAGCAUAGCCGCUGAGAACCUGUGGCUUCCAGACAUCUUCAUCGAAGAGUUCAUGGACGUGGAUCAGACGCCUCCAGGCCUCAUGGUGUAUGUCACCAAUGAAGGUCGAAUCAAGUACGACAAGCCAAUGCAGGUGAUCAGCGUCUGCAAACUGGACAUCUUCUAUUUCCCUUUUGACCAACAGAACUGUACGCUUACCUUUGGGUCUUUUGUCUACACAGUGGAGAACAUGGUCCUGGCCAUGGAGAAGGACGUGCAGGAGAUUUCAAACACAUCGCUGAGCCUCAUUCGGAGCCAUGGGGAGUGGGUGCUUCUCAGUAUCCACCAAAGAGCAAAGAAGAUGGUUGUGGGCACCAACCAGUAUGACCAGAUCAUUUUUCAUGUGGCCAUCAGACGCAGGCCCAGUCUCUACGUCAUCAACCUGCUGGUGCCCAGCAGCUUUCUGGUUGCCAUCGAUGCCCUCAGCUUCUACCUGCCGGCAGAGAGUGGAAACCGAGCCCCGUUCAAGAUAACGCUUCUGCUGGGCUACAACGUCUUCCUGCUCAUGAUGAAUGACUUACUGCCCGCCAGUGGCACCCCCCUCAUCAGUGUCUACUUUGCCCUGUGUCUGUCCCUGAUGGUGCUCAGCCUGCUGGAGACGGUCUUCAUCACCUACCUGCUGCACCUGGCCACCACCGAGCCCCCGCCCAUGCCUGAGUGGUUCCACUCCCUGCUGCUGCUCUGCACCUGCCCGGGCAAGCGCUGCCCCACUGCACCCCACAAAGAACAGAAGGGCCUGGCUCUCACCCCCACCCACCUGCCUGGCCUGAAGGAGCCAGUGGAGUUGGUGGGGAAGAUGCCCCGCUGUGGACAGGCAGAGCCAAAGGAGCACCCUGAAUCAACAAGGGCUCAGCGGGAACACGAGGCCCAGGAGCAGCACUUGGUUGGCGUGUGGGUGCAGUUCAGCCACAUGAUGGACACCCUGCUCUUCCGCCUCUACCUGCUCUUCCUGGUCUCCUCCAUCCUCACCGUCACCGUCCUCUGGACCACCUAA